UAUUAGGAAGUGGGUGGCAUGUUGUAUGUCUGAGGCACAGCUGUUAACAUGGAGAGACCAGAAGUUACUUUUACGUUAGCAUACGUUGUGUUUGUCGUUUGCUUUGUAUUCACUCCUAACGAAUUUAGGUCUGCUGGGGUAACAGUGCAGAACUUGCUUUCGGGAUGGCUAGGUAGCGAAGAUUUAGGUUUUAUUCACUAUCAAAUCAAGAGAACUAGCGCUACAGUACUUGUUCAUUCUGUACUGCCGCUUGGUUAUUACAUAGGAAUGUGCUUUGCAGCUCCAGAUAAAAACCUGUACUUUGUCCAUAUUGCAAGUGAAGGCUGGCAACUUUAUUUUGCUGCUGCCAUUGCAUUGCCAGUGAUGAGCAGCAUAUUGGUGUUCUACUGGUCCUGUAACAAAUGGGGAAACCAUCCCAUAGCCAGGACUCUGGCAGACCACGCCUUGCCUCAGUCAGGCUGGAGGGCUGUGGCAUCUUCCAUCAACACAGAGUUCCGGCGGAUUGAUAAGUUUGUCACCGGCCCCCCAGGUGCCAGGGUGGUUGUCACAGACACUUGGGUGAUAAAGGCGCUGACAUAUCGUGUGCAUGUUGCCCAGCAACAGGACAUCCACUUGACAGUGAUUGCCUCCAAGCAGCACCAGCUGUCCCCAGAUUCCAACACUCCAGUGCAGUUCCUGACCAUCCGCGUGGCCAGUGUCAACCCCUGUGUUCAGCCUUUUGAUAUCAGGUUGAAUUCUACAGAGUAUGGCGAGCUGCGUGAGAAGCUUCAUGCACCCAUUCGGAACGCUGCCAAUGUUGUCAUCCACCAGAGCCUUAGCGACUUGUUCCUGGAAACAUUUAAGUCCCACGUGGAAAUGAACGAGCGAUACUCCCUUCCCAGGGGUCAGGAGCUGGAGAUGUGCAUUGGUUGCAUGCAGGUCAUGGCCAACUUGAAGCUUGUGAAGGUGUGCCAGGACGCCAACGAGGGGGAGUGCCAGCAGUGCUACUGCCGCCCCAUGUGGUGCCUGACCUGCAUGGGCAAGUGGUUUGCCAGUCGACAAGAUCAGCAGCACCCAGAGACCUGGCUGUCCAGCAGAGUCCCCUGUCCCACCUGCCGGGCCAAAUUCUGCAUCCUGGACAUCUGUGUCAUACACUAAAAAUGACUGUUUUUUAUUUUAACAUCUUUCAGGAAUUUUGAUAAUUUGGAUAACCAGGCCUGUCUGGAGUAUUCGGUAAAUCAACUUAAAAAAAACUAAACAAACACCAAUAGUGCAUUUUGAAAGUCGCCCUAACCGUCCUGUGAUACACUGCUGUUUAGGGUGACCCUGUUAACUCUGCAGUCAUGUGCUGCUGACGUGGUACAUUGUUCCACUGUGCGCCAGGAAUUAGUUGCAUCUCUCUGGUUGUUUAAAGUCCACUAUAAUAAUGCAAUUGUUAAUUUUCACAAACUUGCUGUUGGAAAUGCAGUUGUGUAUUGGAUAAUAAUGGUGUUCGUGCUGUUGGUGCUUUGUAGUGGACAGAAGUGUUGAGGCUGUUUUAAAGAGUACUUAUAACAAUUAGAUUAACAAUUGCUGUGAAAAGUGAAACCCUUUCUCAACUCUUGGUAACUUGGGAGUUUUUGUUUUGUUUUUUUUUUGGGAGGGGGUGGGGUGGAGAGAGGGAUAGAAGGAGGGAGAAGCAUUUCUCCUAGAUAUGUCUUUUUCUUUCUUUUGCAAGUUGACAGUAAGUGUAUUAGUACACAGUUGAGUAAAAUUAUAUUUUAUAUAAUUUGUUUAUUUUAUUAACCUUUAUUGCUAUUUAGGAUUUAGUUAAGAGUGCGUUUAAUACAUAAAUAAAUAAACAUGUAUUCGAUUGAGGUCAAACUGACAUUGGUUUCAGUUCUGGAUUGGAUGGGGGUAACUAGAAUAGUUUUGAUGUUCAUAAUGUGCAGUUUGUUGUGUUUCCGUAUUUUAAAUGUUAAUUCUCAACAUAGCUCCUUAGGAAAGAUGAUCAUAAAUCAAGAUACAAAUUCAGACCAGUAAUGGCCUUCACUCUUUUUCUGUUAUUUGAAUGGAAGUUUGCAACUUCAGGAAAUCUUAAAAACUUGCAAAAACAAAGUCUUAAUUGCUGGACUGUAAUCUUUUACUUAUAUAUUGAUGGUUUCUCAUUAGGCGUUAAUAAAGGUUACUUGCUGAUCUACUUUUUCAUGCUCUGAAACAUGGUAAUAAACUCAAUUUAUGCAAUCAAACACAGUCCGGUUUUCAUACAGAAAGGUGAAUUUGUGUUUAAUAGCAUCUGUGUUGCAGCAUAGGGGGCAUGCAGUAAAGAAAUCCUGUCCCAAACUUUGUAUUACCGUGAAGCUAUAUAAUUUUUUAUAGAAAGUUUAAACAGGUUGAAAAGUAAUCAAUCUUCAAAAUUUUGUUUUAUUAAUCUAGAGAACCGCUUAUCCAAUGAAACUUGGAAGAGCAUUCUUUAGCACAAAUCGAAUGAUGUCAUCGAUCAAUCUGUCAUGUACAUGUUUCCAGAUUACAUGCUGCAGUUCUUGGUAAUGGUGAUGUACUUUUUUCAUGCUACAUACUGCUCUAUUGAUGUGGUGGAGAAAGUAGGUUACUGACUUGUUUUUUUUUCUUUGUUUUUCUCACAACAGUACACUGUGUAACACAUGGUUGAGACUAGAACCACUGUAAAAACUAUUGUAUAGGUGUUAAUGUUUCGGUUUUUUAAGCACAGACCAAUGUGGGGUCCUUUUUGUAACUAACCGUGCUUAAAGAGCAACUGAGAAAAGAAUAUGGGCUUUUUCAGAGGCAGAUGAAACCACAUUUUUGUUGUGGUCAGACAGAUACAGCUGAAGAGUUAUAGUUCUUUAGACCUGUAGCAGUGGAAUUUUUUAAAGAUGAUUUCCACCCCUCUUUUACACUGUGUAUCUCGCAAGCUAAGUGAGAAAGUCUUAAGUACAGGGAUUCUGCGCAACGGAAUACCGGGUCGAUCUUCUUGUCAGUUUCAAAGUUCUCACAAUAGGAGUGAAGUGGAUUUAAAUAGAUAAACAUUCUUCUAGUUGUAUUGUUGGGUACAAACUUGUUUCUUACUGCUUUUUAAGAAAACAGGCUUGGUUUCACAGGUCCUGAUUAGCACUAAUCUUGUACUGCCUAAUAGGGUUGGCUGAUUUAAAUCAGGUUGAUUUUAAAUCAUGAUUUUAAAUAACUUGAUAAAAAAAAGGACAUAACAAGCAUGUUUUAAAAACCUUUUUAUUAACAAACAACAUCUUAAGCUUACUGUCUAUGAACUAAAAUGUGCACCAAAGUUGUUAUUAAUACCUAAUUUAAUUUAAAGUAUUAAGCACUUGUAGUUCUCUUAUCAAGUAAGAAAAGUGAAUACAGAUUGUCAGGUUUUGUAUGUUACCCCUGUCUGCGAAGGAUCUUUCUGGAACCUCUUUAUUUAUAAACAGUAAACAAACUCUCUGAUGUGUAGUUCUUUUAGAAAUUAUUUUGUAAACAAAUAUAAAGCCUCAGGCCAAAAUGACCUGAGAUAUUUAUCCAGGUAGCUUUGCAUACAUUAAGAAAAUGCUUUCACUUAGUCUGUCAUCAUUAUAUUUGUAAUACUAUUAUUAUAGUGAUGUCUGAAAUUGCUUGUACCUGUCUGAAGAGAUGUUUGCAAAAGGGCUUGUGAAAUUCUGUACUAGGCUUCGGUUAGUAGAGGCUUUUUUACUCUGCAAGUAACAUCUCCCUCUGAUAAUGUACCAAACUUUUGCACUCUCCUCCAAAUUAUUUUUUGUUAUUAUUAUUGUUAUAAAAUUGACAUAUAUCUUUAUGAUCUGAUUAAAUAAUAAUAUUUCACAUAUAAACAGAAAUACUGCAUUACAUAAUAAUGGAGAUUAAAUUGAAUCACAUAGCUUUUUUCAUAUUCAGCAAACUAACUGCAGCCCCAGACAGCAAUUAGCGUCCUUAAAAUGCAAGAAGUUUAACAUUUCAGAUUAUCGGAAGACGUUUUUCCCAAUAUCAAUGACUGGUAUUGAAAACUACACAUGGAUUAAAGAUGACUGUAAAAGCAGGGAAUCUUAUCUUGUAAUUACAUGUUUUUAUUCGGUACCUCACAACAGGUUUUAAGUGAUAUCUGACAGUCUAAAAUGUGCUGGGUCAGGGUGGGGGGAUGUUUGGAAAUCCCCUUAAACUGCUAUCAUUGACUAGUAAGUAUAGUUUAACAAACAAUAUUUAUUAUACUGAAUACAUUCGUGAAUAACCCUGUUUCAUAUACAGGGUAUCAAUACUUAUGUCUGCAACUGUACAUACAUGUGUAUAUAUCAUUGAAAACUUAACACAGUAAGACUGAUAAAGAAUGUAUCAUUCUGUGUAAAAGACAAGACUGCUGAUGCAAUACCUAGUUAAGUGCAAUCUUGCGCACAUUAAAAUGUAGUUAACAUGACAAUGCAUGAUGCAAUAAUAAUGACUCCAGAAAGCCUAUUUAGAAAGCAAAAGAUAUUAUAGUUGACAUUUAGAGGAUGCCACAGUGAUAAUGCUUAAUGUUAGUUUAGGUAAGGUAGUCCAAGAUUAGUGGUAAUUGGGGUCUAUGAAACCAGUAGUUAAUGGGGAAACAAACAAAAAAAUCCCAUGUGGGUUUGUAUUUUUUUUCCGGGCUGGACAUAAAAUACGGAUUUAACCAAUACCCCAGAUAUUUGAAAUGAAAACUGGAAAAAUGUAAUCUGAUAACAUUGUUUGAUAUUCUUUCAUUUCUGUAAUCCCUUACACACACACACAUUUUAUCUUGGGUACUGGAAGGUACUGUAAGUGCUUUUUAACCACAAUUAUAUUUAUUAUAUAAGUAUAAUUAUGGGAAAUGGCAGAAUAUGGGUUUAUUUGUUAUAUCCUGUCUGCCGGCAGCUGACAUUCUGUAGUCACCUCAAAUAAGAGCUCAAGUCUAAUGUACAGUUUACGAUCUAGUUUUCCACUUAUUUAUCAAGUGCCUUGGAGAAGGUUCUGGGUUGGCCGAUCAGCAUUUAGAUACAGCGCCCCCUAUGGCAUGGAAUAGUCUGGACAAGAAUGUCCUGGAUAUGAUCGAGCAUCAGAUAAAUAACCCAAAUGUAUCAGCUAAAUGAAGAAUAAUGACUAAGAUUACAAUUAUUUUAAUAAGUAGGUUCCAAGAAAUCUCAGCUCGAAUGUAUAAUGUUGUUUUUUUAGUGAUGCUGUUUUUAAUGAUGUGAAAUUGCUGCUGUCUGUUUCUGUUCCCCUUGUGAACGAGGCCUCAUCUCAAUGGGUUUAUUUGUGGUUAAAGAAUAAAUAAGGCAGACUGUUUCUUUUUGUCCUAUUAGAACUAUUUAAAGCAAUGUUUUAUUGAGACCUGGAGUAAUUUAAUUAAGUUUGCAAUUCAUGAAACAUUUCUGCAAGUGUUUUAGAGAGACCUAUACUUUUGUUCUCAUUUUUCAAAGCUGCAAAGUUAUUUUAAAAAGUCUGUUUUGAUUGAUUUAAUUGAUGUAAUGUUGUGAUACAUUCUAGAACAGUUGAAUGAAUAUCAAUAUUAUCAAUAACAAAAGGACCCAUAAACUCUUGAAGAACCAAAACAAAACCGAACAGACAUAUAACUUUGUUGCCCUGGUUGCUGCAUCCACAAUAUCUGUUCCCCUUUAUAUUUGAGAGCCCUAAUGAAAAGAUAUGGAUGUGGGUAUUUUGCACUGAAAUGUUUAAGUUCUUCGUCUGUGUUUACUAUUGCUCAAAUAUGAUGUGAGUGCUUUAUAGCGCAAAAAGCUUCAAUACAGAAGUCAUGUAGGUUUUUGAUAAAGAGGUACUUAGGAUUAGACUGGCGAAUUACAUUCAUUAUGUGGCUAGGCCAAUUGUAUGUGGCAUUUGUAAUCUCUGAUAUGAUUAUUCUUCACAGUAACAGGAAUUGUCAGGAGCUUUCUUUGCACUCUGUGUUUUAAAACAUUUAAAUGUCUUUCCUGUCCACCGUGGAGUGAGCGCCGAUCUUUCUCAUCAGUCUAACUGGUACAUAAACCUCAUACUUUGCAAAGUUACUUCUCGCCCACAGUCUAGUAACCACAUCAAAAAGCUCUCACUUGCAUUGUAAAUGGAACGUUUUUCUUAAUGCAGCAUUCUCUUGCAGCUGGAAAUGAUAGGCAGAGUAACCAUGUUUAAUGGUUAAGGUGAGGAGACCCCAAACACAGUAGACAUACAAUUCCUUCUCGAGCAUUUCAAUGGCCUUGCAGUCAACAAGACUACCCUUGCCAUAUGCAGUUCAACUGUUAUUGACAUUGUAUGGAAUUAGUACUGUUUUUAAAGGCUCCUAGUAAUUUGUAAAUUUAAAUGUGCAGUUAAACUAGUAUGAUUGACCUAACUACAGGACUGUAUUAAGAUGGUGCAUGAGAGUCUCUGUGGAGGUGGCAGUUAUGAUAAAGUGCGUGUAGCUAAAUUAUUCUAUACAUUUUCCAUGCCAUGUAUGUAUUUAUUUAUUCACUAUAUAGGUAUGAAAUAGUUUAUAAAUACAUUUAUGUUCCAGCAAACAUAAUAUCAUUCUUGAUAUCUUGUGCUACAGUUGGUUAAAUAAAUAGUAGUUUGCAGACUUGCUUUCAGAUAGUGUGCCACUUUCAUGGUAAUUGUCCCCACCCUUCAAGACCAUGUUUUCUAUCAGUAACCAACCAGCUGCUUCCUCUAAUAAGAACAUAGGAAAGUUUACAAAUAAGAGGAGGCCAUUCAGUCCAU